CUGCCCCGUCCGCCCCGCAGAGGCCGCCGGGGCCGUGGAUGCGGAGGGCGCGCCGCCCGGCCGGCCGGGCGCACAGGCGGCCGCGAUGAGGGUCAACGAGAAGUACUCGACGCUCCCGGCCGAGGACCGCAGCGUCCACAUCAUCAACAUCUGCGCCAUCGAGGACAUCGGCUACCUGCCGUCCGAGGGCACGCUGCUGAACUCGCUGUCCGUGGACCCCGACGCCGAGUGCAAGCAUGGCCUCUACCUCCGGGACGGCAGACGCAAGGUGGACUACAUCCUGGUGUACCACCCCAAGAGGCCCUCGGGCAGCAGGACCCUGGCCAGGAGGGUGCAGCACGGCGACGCGGCCCCCGCAGCCCGCGGCACCAGGCAGGACCAGCCGCUGCCGGGCAAGGGGGACGUGGGGGCGGCGGGGGGGCCCGAGCCCCCGAUGGACUACCAUGAGGACGACAAGCGUUUCCGCAGGGAGGAGUACGAGGGGAACCUCCUGGAGGCCGGCCUGGAGCUGGAGCGGGACGAGGAGACUAAAAUUCACGGGGUCGGAUUUGUAAAAAUCCACGCGCCCUGGAACGUGCUGUGCAGAGAAGCCGAGUUUUUGAAACUGAAGAUGCCGACGAAGAAGCUGUAUCACAUUAACGAGACCCGUGGCCUCCUGAAAAAGAUCAACUCCGUGCUCCAGAAAAUCACGGACCCCAUCCAGCCCAAGGUGGCAGGGCACAGACCCCAGACCACAAAGAGACUGUCCUACCCCUUCUCCCGGGAGAAGCAGCACCUAUUUGACCUGUCUGACAAGGAUUCCUUUUUCGACAGCAAAACCCGGAGCACGAUAGUCUAUGAAAUCCUGAAAAGAACGACAUGUACCAAGGCCAAGUACAGCAUGGGGCAAGGAGAGGGAAGAAAGAAGGACUCUGCCCUUUUAAGUAAGAGGCGAAAAUGUAGUAAAUACGGUAUCACCAGCCUGCUGGCCAAUGGCGUUUACUCGGCCGCCUACCCCCUGCACGAUGGAGACUACGAAGGGGAAAACGUGGAGUUCAACGACAGAAAACUCCUGUACCAAGAGUGGGCGAGUUACGGGGUCUUCUACAAGUACCAGCCCAUCGACCUGGUCAGGAAGUACUUCGGGGAGAAGAUCGGCCUGUACUUUGCCUGGCUGGGCGUGUACACCCAGAUGCUCAUCCCCGCGUCCGUGGUGGGGAUCAUCGUCUUCCUGUACGGAUGUGCCACCGUCAACGAGAACAUCCCCAGCAUGGAGAUGUGUGACCAGAGGCACAACAUCACCAUGUGCCCGCUGUGCGACAAGACCUGCAGCUACUGGAAGAUGAGCUCGGCGUGCGCCACGGCCCGGGCCAGCCACCUCUUCGACAACCCCGCCACGGUGUUCUUCUCCGUCUUCAUGGCCCUCUGGGCCGCCACCUUCAUGGAGCACUGGAAGCGGAAACAGAUGCGGCUCAAUUACCGCUGGGACCUCACCGGCUUCGAGGAAGAGGAGGAGGCCGUCAAGGACCAUCCCAGAGCCGAAUACGAAGCCAGAGUUUUGGAGAAGUCACUUAGGACAGAAUGCAAAAGCAAAGAGAAGCGCCGGCAUAUUCCAGAGGAGUCAACAAACAAAUGGAAGCAGAGGGUUAAGACAGCCAUGGCGGGGGUGAAAUUGACAGACAAGGUGAAGCUGACCUGGAGAGAUCGGUUCCCAGCCUACGUCACCAACUUGGUCUCCAUUGUCUUCAUGAUUGCCGUGACCUUCGCCAUCGUCCUGGGAGUCAUCAUCUACAGGAUCUCCACCGCAGCCGCCUUAGCCAUGAACUCCUCCCCGUCCGUGCGGUCCAACAUCCGGGUCACGGUCACGGCCACCGCGGUCAUCAUCAACCUGGUGGUCAUCAUCCUCCUGGACGAGGUCUACGGCUGCAUAGCCAGGUGGCUCACCAAGAUUGAAGUCCCAAAGACAGAGAAGAGCUUCGAGGAGAGGCUGAUCUUCAAGGCUUUCCUGCUGAAGUUCGUGAAUUCCUACACCCCCAUCUUUUACGUGGCUUUCUUCAAAGGCAGGUUUGUCGGCCGCCCGGGUGACUACGUGUACAUUUUCCGUUCUUUCCGGAUGGAGGAGUGUGCCCCAGGGGGCUGCCUGAUGGAGCUCUGUAUCCAGCUCAGCAUCAUCAUGCUGGGCAAGCAGCUCAUUCAAAACAACCUGUUUGAGAUCGGCAUCCCGAAGAUGAAGAAGUUCAUCCGCUACCUGCGGCUCAGGCGCCAGAGCCCCCCCGACCACGACGAGCACGGGAAGAAGCGGCAGCGGUACGAGGCGGAUUACACGCUGGAGCCUUUCGCCGGCCUCACCCCGGAGUACAUGGAGAUGAUAAUCCAGUUUGGCUUUGUCACCUUGUUCGUCGCGUCCUUCCCCCUGGCCCCACUGUUCGCGCUGCUGAAUAACAUCAUCGAGAUCCGCCUGGACGCCAAAAAGUUUGUCACCGAGCUCCGCAGGCCGGUGGCUGUCAGAGCCAAAGACAUCGGAAUCUGGUACAAUAUUCUCCGAGGUGUCGGGAAGCUGGCGGUCAUCAUCAACGCGUUCGUGAUCUCCUUCACGUCCGACUUCAUCCCUCGCCUGGUGUACCUGUAUGUGUACAGCCAGAACGGGACCAUGCACGGCUUCGUCAACCACACCCUCUCCUCCUUCAACGUCAGCGACUUCCAGAACGGCACGGCCCCCAACGACCCCCUGGAUCUGGGCUACGAGGUGCAGAUCUGCAGGUACAAGGACUACCGGGAGCCCCCGUGGUCGGAGCACAAGUAUGACAUCUCCAAGGACUUCUGGGCCGUGCUGGCGGCCCGGCUGGCCUUUGUCAUCGUCUUCCAGAACCUGGUCAUGUUCAUGAGUGACUUUGUGGACUGGGUCAUCCCAGACAUCCCCAAGGACAUCAGCCAGCAGAUCCACAAGGAGAAGGUCCUCAUGGUGGAGCUGUUCAUGAGGGAGGAGCAGGGCAAGCAGCGGCUGCUGGGCACGUGGAUGGAGAAGGACCGGAAGAAGGAUGAGCCCUGCAACAGUCACGGCCCCAAAGCCGGCCUGGACAGCCCCGAGUACCCCGGGGGCGCCCCGUAGCUGCCCCUGGCCUCCAGGCCGCCGGGCCCCCUCCGCCGGGCCCCGGGGCUCUUGGAAGCCCACCUUCUGAUAGGACAGCCUCUUCCUGUCUUCUUCUUCUGUUGUUUUUUUUUUUCUCCUCGUUUUUGCACAAAACUGUUACGCAGGGAAUUUUUUUUAUCUUUAGUAUUCAAGGAUAAUCAAAAUGAUCGCUGGGGAUAGGGUGAUAACACGCGGGAAUGCGGGCGCUUUGCAGAAACACUUCUUGGGGACCGUGGGUUUCCUUUGCAGCGGGACGUGAGCAGAGGCCUCCAGAAAGCGUCUUUUCUAACCCCGCCUGAUGCCUUUAGAGAGGUGAAAAGGUGUCCCAAAGCAUCGGGGCAAACGCCGCGCGGUACUGGAGGGAGAAUGGAAAAACGAGGUUGACACCAGUCCCAGAAGGCAUCACCUGCCUCCGGGUCGGAAAAGUCCGACGGCUUUUCAUCUUCUGUUUCCGGUUAGUUCAGAAACCGAGUCACUGUGGCCAGAAAGAGGUGCCUGUGAGUUUAGAAUUUGCUCUUGGAGCACAGCAGGGCUCGGGUGUCCCCGAGGAAGCAGGUGACCCGCACCUCUGGGGUCCCCACCCCCACCGCCAGCCACACACCUGCCCCACCACCACGAACCGGCCUCAGAACCCUUGGUGGGACAGAAAGAAAAAGAAAAGAAAAGAAAAGAAAACCGGGUCGACAGGAAAUUGAGCAGAGAGAGAGGACCUCGGAGGCACUUCUAAAGACGGCUUCAGGUUUCAAGAAGUCUUAAGGCAUCGGGAAAACAUUUGCAGCUUUAGAAUAUUUAUUGGGUUUUUAAUCAAUUCUAUGGUGGAUGUGAGGGUUUUUUUCUGUAGCUCAAACGUGGAAGGAGUUUAUUAGUUAACCAGAUAUCAUUGAGAGGAAUUUAAAAUACUGUUACUACCAAAGAUUUUUAUUAAUAAAGCCUUCUAUUUUGGUAA